AUGUCAAGUGCACCAUUAUCCACGAAAAUUCAAAGUUUCAUUAAUCACCCUGCAGGACCAAAAACCAUCCAUUUUUGGGCCCCAAUGAUGAAAUGGGCUUUAGUCAUUGCUGGUUUGAGUGAUCUAAAACGCCCCGCGGAAAAUUUGUCACUAUCUCAAAAUGUUGCCCUUACGGCUACAGGUGUAAUUUGGUCGAGAUAUUCAACACAAAUUAUACCUUAUAAUUGGGCAUUGUUGUCUGUAAAUUUGUUUGUAGCAGGGACAGGUUUUACCCAGUUAUUUAGAAUAUUGAAUUAUCGAAGAAACACUGGUGCACCAAUUAAUACCAAUUCAUAA